CUCCGAGCAAAGAUCGUGUUUCUGUGUUGGCUGUUUAUCUUUAAUUUUUAUCCGGGUUUUGCUUUAGCAAGUAGAUUUCUGACUUUUUUUGCAGUCAAAAUAAAAAGCUAAUAGUCACAAGGGGCAUGUGCAAGAACUUUAUCAUCUGCUUUAUAUAUCAAUGCCUCCAUGUGCAUUUCCUACUGUUUUACAUGAUAACUUUAGGCCUUAAUGGGUAAAAGCUAUUUUCUUUCAAUCUAAAGCUGCGGUUGUGCCUCAGGCGUUGGUCAGUGUGAGUGUCAGCUGAGCUGUGACCUCGACUCAACGCCCUUUUUGCUUUCAUACUCACAUUUGAGGGCCGAGUACAAGUUUCUUCUUUCAUGGUUCCUGCUGUAACUCGGGUGUGAGGGUCAGAAAUCGACUUUAUUGUCUCUGUGGAGGGACUUUUAUGCUGAACAUUGUCAGUCCGUGACAAUAAAGAAGUAUUUAAUGACACUGGUGGAACUGUAACUGACAUCCGUGUCAGAACUGAACUCGGCUCACCGGCUCAUUACUGUUUUUAGAACAGACUAAAGUUGACAGAUAAUCUAAUAGUAGCAUUUCAUCAGAUGGGUGAGAAACGAGGACACAGUGUGAACUUCUGUUAUUUAAUAGUUAUCAGACUUUACUGCAUGUACGACCAGGACAAUGUUUCUUCUGAAGCUGGGAGAGCAGGGGAGGAUUUGUCCCUCCACACAUCUUUCUAGCUGCGAGUCUCAGGUUUUGAAUUCAGUGAAGCGCAGUAAGAGAAGAGUGCUUCAGUGUCAGGAACACAGAGAUCCUCGUCUCAGUGCCGUGUCCUGACUCUGCAGGCUAUGUGCAAGUGGAUCAAAGAGAAGCUGGCCCAGUCGCUCAAGGCCCUGCAGAAGCGCUUCGUGACCUCGGACGCGGUCGUGACCAGUGAGGAUGCUGACGCUAACCUGCUCUGCUGCGCCCUGGAGGCCAUCUUCAUCCACGGUAUCAAGAGCAAGUACAUCCGCUCUGACACUGGGGGGCGGACCAGGAAGGGCGGCCGGGCUCCCCUCCCUCAGCCCUUCUUCUGGAGCCUCCUCAAGACCGUCACCCACCGUGAUGUCAUCACCGAGCUGGAGAAGAUAGACUUCGUGGGCACGGACGUGGGUCGCUGCCGAGCGUGGCUCCGGCUGGCGCUGAACCACGGCCUGUUGGAGUGCUACCUGGCCUCGCUGUUCCGGGAGGACUCCAAGCUGCGGUCGCACUACCAACCCAGUGCCUUGCUCCUGAACACCGAGGAGCGGGACGUCCUGCUCAGCUACCUCCAGGGUCUGGCCUCACUCACGUUCAGCCUGUCUUACAAGUCCGCCGUCCUCAACGAGUGGACCACCACGCCUCUGGUGCUGGCUGGACUCUGCCCCUUCUCCCAGGCGGACACACCCGACCUGACCCUUAACGGCGGGGACCAUUCCAGCUCCGGGUCCCUGUGUAAGGAGACGUGGGACACAGUGUCUCAGUCGUCCAGCUCAUCGGAUGCUCAGGAUACGCAGAGAGGAUGUCCAGUGUCGUUGGUGGGGAGGGGGUCGAGUGCUCUACAGGGGGAGAGGACUGCACUCAACUCUUCUAAUCUCAGUCUGGACACCACGGGCUCCUCUCAGCUCUCCUCCAGCUUGAGCUCCGACAGCCUCCUGCAGGGGCAGGACCCCCGCAGCCCGGCAGGAGAGCAGUGGUCCUCAUGUGACCUGGACAUAUCCAAUCACAUCAGCACCAAGAAACCACAGAAGGAUUUGGUGACUGAGUUUCGGGAGAGCGGACAGGGCAGUCAGGACUCAAUGCGUGAAGACACGUCCUUUGUCUCCAGCACGGGUCCGGAUCAGUUUUUGGAGACGGCUGUUUUCAGUGGCUCUGACAGUGAGACCCAGGGUCCUGGGACGCCAUCACAGGACCUGAAGGACCAGCCCCUCCACUCCGUUCUCUCCCAUUCAUCAGAGCCACCACCAACUUCCCCUGAUCUGCCGUCAUCCGAUGAUAACCAUGUUUACCAAACGGCCUCUGACGCAUGUGAUGAUUCCUCCAACGAGUUGCACCUGGACAGCGACACAGAGGAGGUGAAUCCAGCUGAUCUGAAGGAGAACAGUGCGUCUGUUCAGAAAGAGAAAGAAGUAGAGAGCUCAGUGAAGAGCUGCUCGGAGCCGUCACUGCAUCCGGGGCCUCGCUCUGCCAGCAUCCUGAGCAGGAAGCUGUCCACAGAUUCUCUCUCACAUUCCCGUUCCUGGAUCUCUGAGGACGACAUCUACAAGCCCCAGCUGGAGGAGGUGUCUGAUCAGGACGAGGCGCCUCCACCCGCUCUGACGCCCGAGCCCAAGGUCUCCCAGUCCCCUCCCAGUGUCGUCCAUCGCAGACAAAUAGGACUGUCCAACCCGUUCCGUGGCUUGCUGAAGCUCGGCCAUCUCGAGAGACGCAGUGCGAUGGGGCUGUGGCGGGACUAUUACUGCGAGCUGUCCCCCUUUGAGUUCCGCCUGUAUUUCAACGCCGAGGAGCGGACCUGCUCUGACAACUGCUCCCUGGUCCGGUGUGAGGACGCUCGUGUCACUUUGCCUGAGGGACGCUUCGAGCUGGCCUUUCCUGGGAAGCGACUGUACCUCCGAGCGGCCAAUCGGGACGAAGCUGAGGACUGGGUGGACCGGAUCGCGGAGGCCGUCAACAAAUGCCGGCCAACGCCUUGUGUCAACGAGCAGUGGGAGGUGCUACAACCGUACAGUGAGAAUGGUGUAGAUGAACGCACGCUUUCAUCCACGUCCUCCACGCCCUCCAGCCCUGAGAGAGGGAUAGAACACCCGGACACGAGGACUUGCGGAGGCCUGGAGGCUCCUCCUCCUCUCCAGGAGUUCGACUGGACUCGGACGGCUGAUUUAGAAACGGACGCCAUGAAAGAAGCCGUUUUGUACAUCUCCACAGACGCUGAAGCUCGGACAUGGGCCCCUCUGGUCUUCUCCCUCUCCUUAGAGACGCUGAAAGGCUUCCGGAUGCAAGACGGGAGAAAGCUCCUGCAGCUGAAACACACCAUAGAGGACAUUCGGGAUGUGGUGCCCGACGUCUCCCUGGGAGGUCCGGCCUUCUUCAAACUCUUGACCGUGAGGGAAGCGCUGAGACUCAGGGCGGAGAGCGCGGAGGAGGCUCGCUCAUGGAGGGUUUUGAUCCGUGGAGCUCUGGACUCUUACCUGGAGAGUGGAGAGGAUGAUGCAGUGGGUGUGGGGGUGACUGGGAACCUCCACAGGCUGGUGCAGCACCGGUUGAAGGAAGAUGGAGCUCUUCUAGUUCAUCUCUGCACAGUGCCCUCAGAGAAGGGUCUGGACUCUCAGAGCUUCAAAUGUGCAGGAUGUCCUCAGCAGAUUGGGCCGUCCCAGUGCAGAGCCAGGUUGUGUGAGUUCUCAGGCCAGUACUACUGUGACUCCUGCCACCACGGGGACACCACCAUCAUCCCCUCACGCAUGGUGCACAACUGGGACCUCACACAGCGGGAGGUGUCUAAGAAGGCCCUGCGGCUGCUGUCUCAGGUGAAACACGAGCCUCUGCUCAACCUGGAGCAGCUGAACCCAGAGUUAGUGAAGCACUCCGGGUCCAUGGCUCAGACCCACAACCUGCGGCAGCGGCUGCGUCUCCUCGGGGACUACCUGCUCACCUGCCGCAGCGGGGCCUACAAGAAGCUCCAGGCCAGAAUGGGUCAGCGGACGUACCUGCUGGAGUCGAGUCAUCUGUACAGUGUGGUCGACCUGCAGGAGAUCGCAGAGGACCAAUACGCCGUCUACCUGAUGACUCUGCUGCAGUUCGCCUCCAGCCACGUGUUUCAGUGCGACCUGUGUACGCAGCGCGGCUUCAUUUGCCAGAUUUGCCACGCGCAUGACACCAUCUUCCCCUUCCAGUUCGACAGCACCACCAGGUGUACAGAUUGUAAAGCCGUGUUCCACCUGGCCUGUAAAGCUCCGGGCCGCUCGUGUCCUCGCUGCCAGCGGAUGAAGAAAUACCGGGAGAGGGAUCUUCAGGAGUGAGCGCAGCCGGCAGCACGACAACUGUUUGUCAGGAAGCCAGACGGCCACUUGUGUGGAGAAAAACUAAAUCUAGCUUUUACAUGAAGUAACCUCAAGUGCAAUUAUGAACUCAAUUAACCUCCUGCCCUCACUGACAUUUAAACCAAGGGUGGUGCAAGAGCCUCAGUGCCACGGAGUCUUGUUCUGAUUGACGGGGACACUGACCCGUCCUGAGACAUCAGAUCACAAGUGGUGGGGGAUGCAUGAGCUCACACUCUGUUGGCUGUGUGAAUGUGUUGAAGCCACAUCUGAAGCACAGCCGACUAACUGACAGACUCGGUCCUGCAUCGGAAAUACCUCUGAUACUGUCGGGUCGGGCAUCAGCGAGUACAUGAAUCUAUAUAAGAAUCUGAUAGCACAUCUUUUAAGUAUAUAAGCAGCUUUUCCAUUGGUCAAAAAAUCCAUCAACACCUGCUAACAUCUGGCUUUUGUUCACAAUGAGAAUUGAUUCCAGCGAGAAGAAGUAAAACAGCGCGGGACAUUGAAGAACCACUUUCAUACAGGGGUAGUAGCCUACAGCUGUUAAAAUAUGCAAUAUGAGGUAUUUAUUAAAUGCACAAAACUGAAUCCGAACAUCUCCCUGUUCUUGAGAGAAAUCAGCAUCAUCUGGUCUCAACUAACAGACAUAACAUAUCAAACUGGAGCUGACCACUUGUGAUCGGAUCUCUCAGGAUGGAUGUAUCUGACCGUGGCCCCUGAGCCUCAUGACGCUGCCGCAGUGCAGCCAAAUGUUACCGACUUCAAUACCUCUCUGAAUUCUGAUUCAGCCACGGCAUCAAACCGAGGAGCGGACGGUCGCUUCCAAGAAUCGUUUCUGUUCCUUUGUCUUAACGUGUUAAAAAACAUUCUUAACACCAUCGUGUUUACCACAGAUGCUCUGAAAGACACAUCUCUCAGCACAGCACAGCAGCGAGGUCGGGUUCUGCACACGCACACAGCACAUGAGCCGUUUGAAUGAACACAUCUCCAUCGUGCCUUCUCUUUAAUUCAAGCUGUACACUACUCUAAGGGCCAAACAGAAUCACGUAGGCUUUUUUCUUUUCUGAAUCGCCAUAGGUUAAAAUUACACUGCUGCAUUACACAUCUGUCGCCAGGAAGAUUUGGUCUUAAUAUAUUGGUUAGAGACGUUUAGAGGUGAGAUUUAAAAAUAGAUAUAUUAUGCUGAUUACUGACUUAAAUGAAUUAUUAACAAAUUGGCAUAAAAACCUUUUGUUGGUGCAAAUUCUGAUUCAAUACACAUUUUUGCAUAUUUGCACUUAAGCGCUGACUGUUAAACGGAUAUUUCGACCAAAGUUUAGUCGUAAUAUCCUCAAGUACUUGAAGUGACACUGUGGAAUUGUCUUUUGAUAUUUCCCCGUGCUGCUCAGUUGUAUUUUGGACUCUUGAGUGUUGGACUCUGAUGUAGAGAGGAAGUCACAGAAUCAUGUAAUAAUGAGUCACUGAAGGUUUUUUCAUCGGAUCCAUUUUGAUAUUUGCAGGAGACAGAAUUCUGCAACACUGUUUUUCCUGGUUUGUAUUUUUUUAUUUUCAUCUCAUCCAGUAUGUGAUGUAUAAAUGAUAUUAUGGAAUAAAUAUCAGUGUGUGUCCCUUUCA